AUGUCCGAAGUCCAGGCGCAGGACGAGAACAAGCCCAGGCUGACCGAGGCCCAAAAGCGCCAGAAUCACAUCAGCAGUGAACAAAAACGCCGCCAAGCCAUCCGCGACGGCUUCGACAAGCUGUCCAACAUGGUCCCUGGUCUCGAAGGAAUGGGCCGCUCCGAGGGCCUCGUCCUGAACAGGACUGUCGAGCAUAUUUUGCUGCAGAUCCAGGAGCGCAAAGACCUCAUCGCUCAGAUUGAGGCCAAGGGGAUCGUUGUCGAUGAUGUGUAUAAGCGGUGA